AGCCACCUUGAUAAACGAGACGAAACUACCAGAUUGCUGAAUCGUCACCACCUACCUACCACCUACGAAACCUUUCUCUGGAAGCUCUCUCAUCGAACCGAAUUUAUUGAUUUCUACAAACCUCAACCUGCGAUCUGCCAUUAGUACACUAUCAACUUGCGUCGCGUCGAACGACAUUCAAAUUGAUAUCAUCGCGAGAGAGAGAAAGAAACGAAGAGAGGGAAGAAGAAAGAAAGAAAGAACAAAAUGGUCGCUACCACCAGCUCGUCAAUGGAGUCCGCCUCCCAGGUGAACCUCCCAACAGCGCCCGCAGCCGCUGUUAUCUCUGAGCAACCUAAACCAAACACCAUGCUCCCCCUCCCUACCACAAACACCUACACCGCCCAACCACCCAGCAACACCCUCGACGUCCAGGACGGAAACUACGACGACAACGAACAAGCUGCGGUAGGACUCAGAGGCGGCUGGAUGACCAUCGGUAAACACUUUAAUUGCUGUGGACUCAACUGCGGGUUCAGCAAGACUUUUUAGAGAGACCUUCGUUGUUCCUCUUGUUGUUGUUGCUGCUGUUGUGACGAAGGGUGUGAAAGGGGGGAUUAUUGGAAGGGAGAGUGGAAGUGGGAUGCGAG